GGGUAGGAGUUGGUAGCGUUUGCGUGAGAGUCCGGCAUCGGACCCCAGUGGGGUGGGGGCGAGUCGCAUUUAAAGGGCCAGUUCCAGAGUUGCCGGAAAGUUGUGUGGAGUUAGGGGGGCCGGCGGGGUCCUGUCAGGCGACACUCGCGUCGCGGCUGACGGCUCAGUGCGCCUCCAGCCAACAGCAGCAGCAUGGAGCAGGCAGCACCGAGAAGCAAGCUGAAAAAGCUAAGUGAAGACAGCUUAACUAAGCAGCCUGAAGAAGUCUUUGAUGUUCUAGAGAAGCUUGGUGAAGGAUCUUACGGUAGUGUCUUUAAAGCAAUACACAAGGAAUCUGGACAAGUAGUGGCAAUUAAACAAGUCCCUGUCGAGUCAGAUCUUCAGGAAAUAAUUAAAGAAAUUUCUAUAAUGCAGCAAUGUGACAGUCCCUAUGUUGUCAAGUACUAUGGCAGCUACUUUAAGAACACAGAUCUAUGGAUUGUUAUGGAGUAUUGUGGAGCUGGCUCUGUCUCGGACAUAAUUAGAUUACGGAAUAAAACAUUACUGGAAGAUGAAAUAGCAACCAUUCUUAAAUCCACACUUAAAGGACUUGAAUAUUUGCACUUCAUGAGAAAAAUACACAGAGAUAUAAAGGCUGGAAACAUCCUCCUUAACACAGAAGGACAUGCAAAAUUAGCUGAUUUUGGAGUGGCUGGCCAAUUAACAGAUACAAUGGCAAAACGAAAUACUGUUAUAGGUACUCCAUUUUGGAUGGCUCCUGAGGUAAUUCAAGAGAUUGGUUAUAACUGUGUGGCAGAUAUCUGGUCCCUUGGUAUCACUUCAAUAGAAAUGGCUGAAGGAAAACCUCCAUAUGCUGAUAUACAUCCAAUGAGAGCUAUUUUUAUGAUUCCCACGAAUCCACCGCCAACAUUCCGGAAGCCGGAGCUCUGGUCUGAUGAGUUCACUGAUUUUGUGAAAAAAUGUUUAGUGAAGAAUCCUGAGCAGAGAGCUACUGCAACACAGCUUUUACAGCAUACUUUUAUUAAGAAUGCCAAACCAGUCUCAAUUUUAAGAGACCUGAUCACAGAAGCUAUGGAGAUCAAGGCAAAGAGACAUGAGGAACAACAAAGGGAGCUGGAAGAGGAGGAAGAAAAUUCGGAAGAAGACGAGCUGGACUCUCACACCAUGGUGAAAACUAAUUCAGAGAGUGCUGGCACAAUGAGGGCCACAAGCACAAUGAGUGAAAGUGCCCAGACAAUGAUUGAACAUAACAGUACCAUGUUAGAAUCAGACUUAGGGACUAUGGUGAUAAAUAGCGAUGAUGAUGAUGAAGAAGAAGAAGAAGAUGGGACCAUGAAAAGAAACGCUACUUCACCGCAAGUACAAAGACCUUCUUUCAUGGACUACUUUGAUAAACAAGAUUCCAAGAAUAAAAGCCAUGAAAACUGUAAUCAGAACAUGCCUGAACCCUACCACAUAUCCAAAAAUGUUUUUCCUGAUAACUGGAAAGUCCCUCAAGAUGGAGAUUUUGAUUUUUUAAAAAACCUAAGUUUAGAAGAAUUGCAAAUGAGGUUAACGGCUUUGGACCCUAUGAUGGAACGAGAAAUUGAAGAGCUUCGUCAAAGAUACACAGCGAAGAGGCAGCCUAUCCUGGAUGCAAUGGAUGCAAAGAAACGAAGGCAACAGAAUUUCUGAAUUUGUCUUACUCUCAAAGAUAAUGCUAGUAGUCAACAUGGACACUUGUUAAAUUGUAAAUCUGAAGGAAUCCUAUAGUUAUGAGAGGUGUUUUUAAAACUUUAAAUUGUGCUUCAUAACCAAGGAGCAAUGAAAGAACAUGUAUAUGGUGUUCAGCAAAGACGGUGGAACACAAUUAAACUCUUCUGUGCGUUUACCACACUUCUAUUUUCAAAUAUUUAAUGUAAUAGAAGUUUAAUCUGUUACUUUCUUGAUCCCCCUCAGCUGUAUAGUGGUAACUGUGAUGUACAAUGGGAGAGUGUUUAGGAUACCUGGAAGAUUUUGAAGUGUUUCAUGAUUGUGCAGCACUACAGGGCCUUAUGUUGCAAUAUAUUUUUCUCCCAUUUAGUAGCAUAUUUAUUAUAUACUCGUAGGUGAUUGUAUUUAUUUUUAUGCCCAUUUACUUUUUAAAACUUGGUGGGGGGGGGGGUCAUUAGGAUAGUUGUGGUGGAGAGCAGGGUCAGGUUAGUUUAAAUUGAACAUGGGAAUGCAAUAAAAAAGAAACUCACUGCCAUAUUAAAGCCUGAUUCAGGGCAGCAUUUACGCAUGUGCUCGAGUUCCAUUGACACGGAUAAGUUAAGCAUGUGCUUAAGGGCUGCCCUUCCUUACAUUGAGUGCUCUCCUCCUACUACGGAAGGAAACAAGUGCCUACUUAGUUUUAAUUUUUCUAUAGGGCAGGAGAAGCAACAAGUGCAGUCACACCUAUGGUAUAUACUUCUAGUUGCUAUUGCAAUUCUUACAUUCUGACCAGUUUCAAACAUCAUUCUGCACCAUUGUUUUGUAAUGAAGCAACAGCUACACUUUUUGGCCAGUGUUUUUUACCUGGUUGGUUUGUAGUAUGAUUUUAUUUGUUGGUGUUCUGCAUUGUAGACAUGUAGCUGUAAGGGACACUAAUUUAAAAGCCAAAGAAAAUCAAUGGAAAACCUGUAUUAAUCCAUAAUAAGCCUCCAAAAGAAGCAAAGUUUUGCAGUAUUCCUAAUCCUGCAUUCAUUGAACACUCAGAAUUCCGAUAGUCUUCCGUGAGAGUUUUGGGUGCAUAAGGAAUGCAGGACCAGGCUCUUGUUAAUAUCUGUGUCCAUUUUUUGUCUCUGGUUCAUGUGUGUAAAUAUAUGGUAGGUGAAAUAUAUCACAUUGCAAUAAAUACAUCAGUCAUUUGUAUGAAAAUGUGAUCCACUUUCUGAACCAUCGACUGUGGUCACUAUUAAUAUUAAUAUUGCCAUAAUUUUUGCCUUUUGCCUAAUUAACAUUAUUGUGGUAUUCGGAUAUUUCCCUAGAAGUCAGACAUAAUGAUAAUUACUUGCAAAAUGCAGCUAUACAGAUUUUAAUGGUGCCCAUGGUUACUGGCAUCCUUCUGUUAAAUGUUUUCUGGAAGAUAGUAAACAUCUCAUGCCUCUUGGCAUUUACGAUAGUCAUAUGUGGACCAUUUAUACUGAACCAUGAGCCUUUGGAAACCAUGCAUUAUCUUUAAACAGUCUAAACAAGGAAAACUAAACAAGGAAAAAAUAGUUUUAAACAGAUCAGCAUAUGUCUGACCCUUCUCGGACCAAUUCUUUUUCUUGAGUUGUAUAUGGCCAUUCUUAUCAUUUUUAUUCUAUGUGUGUGUGUGUACUUCCAACUUGUAAAUCAUAAAUUCAAAUACAUUUUAACUGACCCUCAUAUAUUCCUAAAUUUUUUAAAAUGUGAACUGCCUUUUGCAAAGAAGGAAGGGAAGUAACCCUUAAGAGAGAUCCAUAAAACCUACGGUAAAUCAAGAUGCCCCAAUAUUGUGCUUUUACUGCCUCACAUCUAAACAAACAAUGAAGUGAUGCAUGGUAAAAUCUAAUACAGUUUAUGAAAAUGACAACAUAGACUUCUGAAUAUAGACCUGUUGUUUCAAAUUAAUUUCUAAAUCUUUGCUUUAUCUCUUUUUUUAAAUUCAUUGAUGUGUACAUACAAACACAAAGAUAUAAUAUAUGGAAAGAAUGUGUGGAAAGCUUAGAAUCAUCAAGAAGGAGAGAGCCUUAUUUGCCCUUUCCCAAUGUGCCUUGUAGGCAAUUAAUGUAAUUGUCCAACUAUAGCCUCUCUGCAUCAUUGCUAACUUUCUCUUCCCAUAUUUUCUUCCACUUGCCCCACCAAAAAUAGCAUAUGUUGGUUUUGUAUAUGGUAGCAUCAUCUGAUUACACCCUGUGUUCAGACUUUGUGCCUUCUGGAAAAUUUUCCAAUUUAGUGCACGCCGUGUGUAAUACUUACCCAGAGGGGGCCCAGGUUAAAGGCCACUAGACAGGCUAGAGCUUUUCUAAUGACAUCUGAAAGGCAUGAGGGCAUAAAGUGCAUCCCUUCUCUACCUGCAGUCUACGUGAAAGCCACACUUUCUCUCCAAAUGAAGCAACCCAACUGAAUUUUACACAUACACAUACAUAGGAGAAAAGCCAGAAGUCACGGUAAAAAUUGGAAAUGGAAUAAUCCACCUGGGAUGGGGAAGUUCAUGGCUUCUGAGAUAUUGUAACUUAGAUGCAGGCAUUUUCUCUGUUCAGAAUUGAUAUCCCCCAACUAAUAUAAAAUUCAAUAACUUUGAUGCCUGAUGCAAUGAGUGAAAAGCCUCUCAGACUUCAGGGGGAACUAGAUCAGACCCUUAGUUAUGUGCAAGGAGUAAAACCUAGAAAUAGGUUUUAUAUUAGAGAGGGGUACUUUUAUGGUUUUCUUUCCCCUGUUUAUUUACUAAAUCAUAGCAUCCAUGUUCAUGACCACAUUUAUCUCCACUGAGGAAUGAGCAUUUUCUAUAAAGGAAAUCAGGUAGUACGCUAAAUAAGACAUUGUAACAUCAAACGUUUCAAUAAAUCCAGAAGAACUACGGACACAUUAAGAUUUAGGAAGAUUCUAACCCAGCAUUUUCUCUUUUUGCUGCCCAUUUUGUAUGUUUAAGUUUAGUACAUAAAAAUCUCUGGAAAAUAAUUACUUAUCACUAAACAUCUGAAUAAAAACUUAUUUUUCGCUUA